AAAUCCUAUUUUCUAACACCACAGACAAAUCAACAAAUUUGCAUUUUCUCUAUAAUCAAUAUCUAUUCAAUUCAAAUUGCAAUGGCUCGUACUAAGCAAACAGCACGCAAAUCCACCGGAGGCAAAGCACCAAGGAAGCAGUUAGCAACAAAAGCUGCUCGGAAAUCAGCACCGGCAACCGGAGGAGUGAAGAAGCCACAUAGAUUCAGGCCAGGAACUGUUGCUCUUAGAGAAAUCAGGAAGUACCAGAAGAGCACUGAGCUUCUUAUAAGGAAGCUUCCAUUCCAGAGGCUAGUGAGGGAAAUCGCUCAGGAUUUCAAAACUGAUCUCCGAUUCCAAAGCAGCGCUGUUUCUGCUCUACAGGAAGCUGCUGAAGCUUACCUUGUUGGUUUGUUUGAAGACACUAACCUCUGCGCUAUUCAUGCCAAGAGAGUUACCAUAAUGCCUAAGGAUAUUCAACUUGCUCGCAGAAUCAGAGGCGAGAGGGCUUAAAUUUGAUUACUAUGGUCUUAUUUCUGGAGGUCUUGUUUCGGUGUCUUAGUUAGGGUUAGGUUUAAUUAUCUGUUAAAAAAGUUAGGUUUAGGUUUAUGAUUUUGAUGUUGUUAUCUUCUGUAAUUUUAGCGUCUACUCUUAUGUAAGUAUGCAUUGCUUCAUCUAAUUAGCGUCUACUCUUACGUAAGUAUGCAUUGCUUCA